UUAAACCCAAUAUUGGGAAGCCUACCCCUUUAAGACAACCCUUAAAAGAGGAAGUGAAAAUCACAGCUGAGCAUCCACAGACGCAGCACAGCUGUCCUGCAGAGCAGAAAAGUCUCCCAGACACUGCAGCAGCACUGCCUGCAACAGGAGUUAUGGAUUCUGUUUCCUUCCACCAGUACAUCUGCGAUCUGGAUCUUUGCUCCUUGCCUAGAGUGGUGAAGAUCUGCUCUGGAGUCUACUUCCAAGGAUCUGUUUAUGAAGUCUCUGGCAAUGAAUGCUGCUUAUCAACAGGAGAUCUGAUGAAAAUUAUUGAUGUUCAGCUGCAGAACAUCUCCUGCAAGAAUGUGGAGAAUGGGCACAUAUAUGAGCUGCCGCUGGAUUUUAAAGGUCUUUUUCAGCCCAGUUCAGAACUGCCGCAUGGAGCAAAGAGGAAAUCUUUCUCUCGGGACUCUCCCUUCCGCAAGGACAAGUUUUUGGACUGCCAACAGCCACAGCGCUACACGAUCCAGGAGGUCCUGCAGUCAGCAGUCUUGCGGCGGAAGAGGCUAACCUGCCCGGAAAUUGGCAAGAGUGAGGUCCAGCUCCACCCAACAUAUAAAGUGAAAGCGAUAAUGCAUUUUCGAAAUGACGUUGUGCAAAUCAACUCUACCCUGGAUGUAGAGGUGGUCGACGUCACCAAGGAGUCGCGGCACAUCCACUUUAUUAAGCCGCUGAUGCUCAGCGAGGUUCUGGCAAUGGAGGAAGCCCUGCCAGCGGAGGCAGAGAUCCUUGAGGCCCCAGAGAGCCUGCCAGUCUUCCAGAGCAACUGGUUCACCCAUCUACAGAAGGGCUGCCAGAUUCACAUCCACAGCAAGUCCUCGGCUUGGAGGGUCCUGGCCUCUUCCCGCAAAGGCAAGACCCGGACCUGCUACUUCCUCCUCUCCAGCAGCUACCAAGGCCGCUUUCGCCGAUGCCCACGCCGAUUUAGCUGCACUUCGGAGCUGGCCCUCAGUUUAGCCACAGCCAAGAAACUGCAGGUCGUUGUCACCAAGGACUGUGAGAGCAGCGAAGGGGAAUUUCCUUUGUUCAGUGUAGGAGACCGGCUAGAGGUGCUGUGGGUCACGAGAGCCAAGAAGCCUUCAGCCAUGGACAUGCUUGUGUGCUGCAGGGACAAUGGAGAUGAGGACAGAGAGCAAAUCCAUGUGCCCCUGUUCCUGGAAGCUGGCUUUGUAGAGGAUGUCCGUGACAGCCGGAAAUAUACCAUCUCUGAGGCAGUGGAGCACCUGCAGCUGCCCUGUGAGGUCAAGGUGCUUAGCACUGACUGUGCCUCUGAUCCUCUAGGCUGCUCCUCUCUCCUGACCCUGGAGACCAGGAUCGACUUGCAGUUUCUCACCAUCAGCCUGGCUAAGGAGCCAGCUCUCACCUUUGACAUUCCUCCGCAGUGGUUGGACAUGUCUCUCUUCUUCACUGGAGGGCCAGCAAAGGCCACCCCUCCCACUUCCAGUCCGGCGGUGGAAGAGUUGACAGAGGCCUUUUAUUAUCGUUUGCUAAAGUUACUCCCCAGCAAUGCAUCAGCACCUCCGAGACCUCCAAAGCGAAAGGACUCCAGGUGCAACAUGGACCUCAGAAAGGCCAAAGGAGGAGAGAAGAAUGCAGCAGAAACAUCUAAGUUACCUUCUGGCAAGUCAAGCAGCACAUCUAGAGAGCCUGCAAAACUUCCCUUCUCUGGACCUAAGCAAACAGGCGCAAGUGGGAGUGUCCUGAACAAUCUUAAUGAGUACACCAUGGAAUGCGAACGUCAAAGAUUCCAGGAGUGUUCUAAACCCGAGAAACAAACCACAGGCACAGCUUUCAGUGAUGAUUCGGAUCAUGACUAUGAAGAAGUUAAGGAGGUUUAUGAAAUGACUUCCGAACUGCAAAGAGCUGUUAUUAAACACUGAGAUACCUGUCUACAAAGCCACAGUGCUAGGCUAGGUCUUUCGUUCCCCACUUCCAUGGUCAGAGCCACUUCAGGAAUGAGGGGAAUUCUGUAUUUUUAAGCAAACAGAUCAACUUUACACUUCCUGGACUAAUACACCAAUCAGAAUGUCAUACUGCACACUUCACCGAAUUUAUGGACCCUGAGCUCAAAUACAUAUUCAGAUAACCAUGUUCAGAGGUUCUAGUUACAGGUAGGUAGCAGUGUUGGUCUGCCAUAGUCAAAACAAAAUAAAAAAAAUUCCUUCCAGUAGCACCUUAGAGACCAACUAAGUUUGUUAUUAGUAUGAGCUUUCGUGUGCAUUCGUGUUCAGAGGUUGAUGUAGAAAUGGGUUAAGAAUGGACUUGCGAAAGAACACUUGUGAAAUUACACCAGAAACAGAUUUGUCCAUCCCUAGGCCACUAUAACAAGCUGCUUGUUCUUUUCCCAUUAUUUUUGCCCAGCAGCAGCCUUGCUUUUGAGCCCAGUGCCAGGAGAGACUGUGUGCGACUGUAAUUAUAACUUCCAAGCCCCAAACUGGCAGACCAUGACCACUUUCUCCAUUCUGAAGAAAGCACAACAUAUGAAAUGUGGUCUUUAGAGCCUCACGUGUCCUUAUGCUUUACCUAAAGGAAGUCUGGUUCCAAAAUAAGUCACCAGCACUGCAAGGAAUCAACAUUACCAAAGACCACCCAGGGUGAAGAAACUGCAAUCUCCUUGUUUCAGGAGACUUAGCUUUGGCAACAAAGAGGGUUUUUAAGAGUACUGUCGCCUGUCCCCACCCUUACAGUAAAAUGAGGACCUGAAGUUAGGCUAGAAUAAGGUUACCAGAUGUCCCCAUUUCCGGGGGACAGUCCCCAGAUUUACCAAUCAGUCCCCAUACAAAAUCCAUUAAAGUUGGAAAGAGUCCCCAGAUUCAUCGGGAAAAAAAUGUGGUAACCUUAGGCAAAAAGCAACCAUGCCAAACACAAUGCAGUACAUAGAAACUAUAAGGGGUCCCUCCUAUCUGGGCUGCCAGACUCCCUUGGAGAUGACAUAUUUCUGGGGCCUAAGAGCUACCAUUAAAAAAAAAGUGCUAAAGCAUAAAAUGAUAUGGGUCUGCAAUUCAAAUGCAGCUGUUUUUUACCAGUGUACUGGGAACACAAAUAUGUUAAGGGUUUCAACAUAAGACUUUUGCCUAUUUCAAAACUGCACAGUUGCAUUUGCAUUGUGUAUUGACAACGGUCUAUUUUAGCGUAACUAAAAUGCAAGUGGUGGUUAAAUUUUGAGGCUUGACUGACUUUUUUUUUUUAAUGUCACUGAAUCACUUUUUAUGCCACACUAAAAAAAGCCUAGCUUUUAGAUCUUAUCAGUACUGCAGUAAAAUAUAUAUGCCACGCUUGAUUCCAGAGUCCCCCAGACCGAGAAGUUCCCCACCCUUGCAUUAGCUAUAUAUAGUAAUUGCAUGAUCAACUAUUCUCAACAAAAGACAAAGAAACACUGAUGCAAAAUAAAAAUAGCUUUAUUGAGAUAGGAAAUAUUUCUUGAAAAAAGGCUACUUGGCAUUCAAAGUGCAGUGGGGAACAGACGUGUUCAGAAUUAAAAAAUAUAUAACUCUAAGCAUUUUUCUUCUACCUAUAGAGAAAUCUGACAUGCCAUUUCCAAACCAUGGCAACCAGUCAAGGGUCACAGCUGGGUGGAGUGAUCACUUCCAAAAUUGCCCAAAAUAUAACACGAUCAAAGACUUAUAAGUUUGUAUGUUCUUCCCAUCAAGCCCAUUUUUCUCUUCUGAAA